AUUACAUUUGACUGGCAAUGCAGGAAACAGGAAUUUGCAGCUGCUUCAAGUGUGCAGAGAAAACACAAAGCCCGCAUUUGGAGAACACUCUAUCAAGAAGAAACAAGAAGGUAACCAUGUAUGUUCCUGGCCAUUGUGCAAUGAGGAUUAUUUUCUUUCUCAUCAUCGGUGGUUUUGUUGCUUCUAGUCAUGAGGGUGUCCAAUCUCGAGUAAAAAGAGGAACACGGACUUAUAAAGCACUGUGUGUGGAUCAUCUCUCGGGACGGAUUUUUAAUAGAGGAGACAGCUGGCUGCGACCUGCUGGCAAGAGAGUGGAGUUCUGCCGCUGCGACAAUGGCCAAAAAAGAUGUCACAGUGUGCCAUUUAUAGACUGCACAGAGCAGCAAUGCUAUCAUGGAGGUAUCUGCCAGCAAGCCCUGUAUUCCUCUCACUAUCUGUGUCGUUGUCCCAAUGGAUUUGCAGGAGUACACUGUGAGACAGACACUCAAGCUACAUGCUAUGAAGGGUCAGGAGAGACAUACAGAGGAACACAUAGUUUAUCACAGAGUGGUAUUGCUUGUCUGAAUUGGAAUUCAACAGCGCUCAAUGGACGAAGAUACAAUGGGCGGCGCCGAGAUGCACUGCAGCUGGGACUAGGGAACCACAACUACUGCCGGAACCCUGAUAAAGACAAGAAGCCCUGGUGCCAUGUGUUUAAGGAUGGCAAAUACAGCUGGGAGUACUGCUCAGUGCCUGCCUGCGGUGUGGCUGUCCCUCCCUGUUAUUAUGGUCGUGGCUCUGGGUACAGGGGUUAUAACAGUGUUACUUCCUCUGGGGCUCGCUGUCUCCAAUGGGAUUCUCCAUUACUGAAGAGUAAAACCUAUACAGCCUGGAAUGCUAAUGCACGCAGCUUGGGAUUGGGAAGUCACAACUACUGCAGGAAUCCAGAUAACGAUAUUCGCCCUUGGUGUCACAUAGAAAAAGGAUCGGAAACAAGCUGGGGAUACUGUGACAUUCCAAAAUGCUCUUCUUGUGGUAAUCGCCUUCCUGCUGUUCGUCAAUUUCGGAUUCUCGGAGGGAAAGAGACAGAUGUGACUUCACAUCCAUGGCAAGCGGCCAUCUUUGUUAUAUCCAAACGCACAGGAGAAGAACACUUUCAAUGUGGGGGAACCCUCAUACACAACUGCUGGGUGCUAUCUGCCGCACACUGCUUUACAGAGCAAUACUCUACCUCACAGCUGCGUGUCGUUUUGGGUCGAACAUACCGUUUGGAACCUGGACAAGAAGAGCAAAAAUUUUAUGUGGAAAGAUUCUACAGCCACAAACGUUUUGCCUCGGAUACUUUUGACAAUGACAUUGCUCUCCUCAAGAUCCGCUCAAAAUCUGGAUCAUGUGCAGUGGAGACAGCAAGCACUCGUCCUGCGUGCAUGCCGGAACCAGAACUUAUUCUACCAGAUUGGACAGAGUGUGAAGUGUCUGGAUAUGGGAAGCAUGAUGAGCACUCACCAUUCUAUUCUGAACAAUUGAAGGAGGGUCAUGUCAGGCUGUAUCCGGACAGAUUAUGCACACCUGAGCGUCUCUCUAACCAGACGGUGACAUCAAACAUGUUGUGUGCCGGAGACACCAGGAACCAUGAUGAUGCCUGCAAGGGAGACUCUGGAGGACCCCUUGUUUGUCCAUAUGCUGGGCGCAUGCAUUUAGUUGGCAUCAUCAGCUGGGGUGUUGGAUGUGGAGAAAAAGAUACCCCUGGAGUGUACACUCGAGUCACCAAAUAUGUGAACUGGAUACGAAAACAUUCAGGCAUUUGAAUGGACUGAGUUGAAAAGAAAACAUUCUUUAACCACUAUUCCAAAGUGCUACAAAGCAUCAAAACCAAAGCACUAACCCAUGCAAUGGCUCAUGGGUCAUUUCUGUUUGCCACUCUGUCAAAUGUAAAUGUAUAUAUUUAUUAUAUUUUUGUUUUUAUAUUUAUCUCCCCUUAAAAUAAUAUUCCAUAACUUAUUUGCUAUUUGAGCCUAUUGCAAAGAGUGAGAUAUAUGUAUUUAAAAAGUCUUAAGUAAAACAAAAUCAAGCAUUUUUUGGAGCUGAAAAACACUACUUCAUAUUGGAAAUCCAUUAAAAAUUAUUUAGUUUGUGACAAACUAUUUUUAUCUUUGGUGAAAAAACCCCAAGACAACUGGGCUGUGAAACUUGGAUUUAUUUUUUUAUUUUUUUAAAAGUAAGGGUCUUACUUUACUGAGGUAGGCAAAUCUGCUAUAAAACUGUAUAUAGGAAUAUGGAAGACAGGUGUUCAACUUGGGACAAACGUUGCUGUUUUCAAUGUGGACAUGUACCUUGAUUAAAAGUUUGUUUGUUUUAAA